GGUCCUCCUCUCUGGUGGUCCUUCGGUUUCGGAGUCAGCAUCACUCACUCUCCGACCUACAGCACAGGACUGCGCUUGGCCCGACAGAGGAACAUGUUGCUGCACAAACUGUUUCUUUGGAUCCUGUCAGUCCUGUGUGGCACUGAUAUGUGUUUGGGAUUUGCCUAUGACCGGCCAAGACGGGAGGAUGGGACUUCAGCCCGGACAGAUUCUCGCUCUGCAUCUCAGUACGUGCCGACCUCCGGCUCCUGCAGGAACAGGUGUUUCGAGCUGGUUGAACUGGAGCCGCCAAAUUGCCGCUGUGACAACCUGUGUAAGACCUACAACGGCUGCUGCUCGGACUUUGAUCAGCUCUGCCUCCGGACAGUGGGAGGUUAUGAGUGCAGUAAAGAUCGGUGUGGAGAGACCAGAAAUGAACAACAUGCCUGCCACUGCUCCGAUGACUGUUUGGCCAGAGGAGACUGUUGUACCAACUACAGGACGCUGUGUAAAGGAGACACUUCAUGGCUGCAGGAUGAGUGUGAGGAGAUCAAGACGGCUGAAUGUCCUGCUGGGUUUGUGCGCCCCCCACUCAUCAUGCUGUCCGUGGAUGGAUUUCGAGCUUCUUACGUGAAGAGAGGAAGCACCGUCAUACCCAACAUUGAGAAACUGAGAACAUGUGGAACCCAUGCUCCAUACAUGAGGCCUGUGUACCCUUCCAAAACAUUCCCCAACCUCUACUCUUUGGCUACGGGUCUCUACCCAGAGUCUCACGGUAUUGUUGGCAACUCCAUGUAUGACCCGGUGUUUGAUGCCACCUUCACCCUGAGAAGCCGAGAGAAACUCAACCAUCGCUGGUGGGGAGGACAGCCGAUUUGGAUCACAGCGCUCAAACAGGGAGUGAAGGCUGCCACGUUCUUCUGGCCUGUUGCUAUCCCACUGGAGAGAAGGAUACUGACCAUGCUGCAGUGGCUCCACCUUCCUGAAGGGGAGAGGCCCUAUGUGUACGCUAUGCACUCUGAACAACCAGACACGUAUGGACACAAAAUGGGGCCCAUGAGCACGGAGCUGAACAACCCUCUGAGGGUGAUUGACAGGAUUGUUGGCCAACUGAUGGACGGACUGAAACAGAUGAAACUGCACCGCUGCGUCAACAUCAUUCUGGUGGGGGAUCAUGGUAUGGAAGAGGCUCACUGCGAUCGCACCGAGUUCCUCAGUAACUACAUGACCAGCGUUGAUGACAUCAUCCUCGUCCCUGGGUCACUAGGCAGAAUACGUUCAAGACACCCAAACAAUCCUAAAUAUGACCCCAAGGCUGUUGUUGCAAAUUUAACAUGUAAGAAGACAGACCAGCACUUUAAGGCAUACUUGAAGCAGCACCUGCCGAAGAGACUGCACUACGCCAACAACCGACGCAUCGAAGAGAUUCAUCUGCUGGUGGACAGGAAGUGGCACGUUGCACGGAAGGUUCCUGAAGGGAGGAGACACUGUGGCUUCUCUGGUGACCAUGGAUAUGACAAUAAAAUCAACAGCAUGCAGACUAUUUUCUUGGGGUAUGGACCUACAUUUAAAUUCAGGACUAAAGUUCCAGCCUUUGAAAACAUUGAGCUUUACAAUGUCAUGUGUGAUCUUCUGGGUCUGAAACCAGCUCCCAAUAAUGGAACCCAUGGCAGUCUGAACCACCUGCUGAGAGCCGCUCCAUACAGACCUGCCAUGCCAGAGGAGGUUUCCAAGCCAGUAUCCUCUGGUCUUAUUCCUGCAGGAACCGACGACCUGGGCUGCAGCUGCGACGACAAGAACAAAGUGGAGGAGCUAAACCAGCGACUGAGGCAAGCUAUUGAUGACAGCAGGAACCUGCCGCACGGCCGACCUGCUGUACUCUUCCGAACCAAAUACUUCAUCCUCCACCACAGUGACUUCAUCAGCGGCUACAGCGAGUCUCUGUCUAUGCCUCUGUGGACAUCGUACACCAUCAGCAGACAGGUAGAAGUGUCUCCUCUACCUGAAGCCCUGUCCAACUGUGUGAGACCUGAUACCAGAGUCCCUCCAGCCUACAGUCAGUCCUGUACCAACUACAGAGCAGACAAACAGAUCACCUACGCCUUCCUUUACCCACCACAAUUGUCUUCAACCAUAGACAAAAAAUACGAUGCUGUCCUCAUCACCAACACCGUCCCCAUGUAUCCUGCAUUCAAGAGAAUAUGGGGCUACUUCCAGAGAGCGCUGGUGAAGAAAUAUGCUACUGAGAGAAACGGAGUGAACGUGCUCAUUGGACCCAUAUUUGACUACGACUAUGAUGGUGUCAGAGACUCAGCUGACAAGAUAAAAGAGUAUGUAAGCGGGACGAUACCCAUCCCCACACACUACUUUGUGGUCCUGACCAGCUGCUUAGACUUCACGCAGGCUGCAGACUCGUGCAGCGGCCCGCUGAGCAGCGCUGCCUUCAUCCUGCCACACAGACCCAGCAACGACGAGACAUGCAAAAGCUCAGAGGACGAGUCUCGUUGGGUGGAGGACCUGAUGAAGAUGCACACGGCUCGUGUCAGAGAUGUGGAGAUCCUGACAGGCUUGGAUCUGUACCGGCGAACUACCCGGAGCUACGCCGAAAUCCUCUCGCUCAAGACCUACAUGCACACCUACGAGAGCGAGAUCUGAUCUCUGCUGGCUCGUUUAUGUUACUGAUCUUUUUCAACCGUGGUGGACGUAUGUGGUACUAGGAAGAGAUGAGAUCAUCUCUGUUACACUGACCUACACCAGCUUUAGCUCUGCAGCUGCUCUGCGGUGUCCAUGUUGUGGCCGUUUCACUGAGCAGUCUUAUUCAUUUCAUCUGUUGAGACACAGCUUCAACACCACUGAGCUGCUAGCUUCACUUCACUUCAGUUCAUUCUGUUCAGCAGCAGGAAAGCAGGACUCUCCCUCUGCUCUGUCACUGUUUCACUGUCGGCACUCAUAUUCAGUGAAAUGGCAUCAUACUGAAAGAAACCUCCAGAUCAAGAACAAAGGACAUACAUUCAGCAUGAUUCUGUGAUUUCAUGAGCAAACAGAAUAUAUACAUCAAGGGCUCCAAUUAAAUUAAACACCAGUCAUUUUGUGUCUAUAUUCAUCAUUUAGCAGAAAGGUUUUCUCUCAGAAGAGGGUUGAGUUGCUCUGUCUGCACAUCAAAACCAUCAUGCAAGAGAGGACUGAGUUCAUAUUUUCUUACAUGAUCGACACUCAGUUAGGCGUUAGGUUUACUUGUUACACUCAGUAUGCAUUGAAGAGUUUCUGUAUUCAGUGAUCAGGAUGAAAUUGCCUUUAUUUUGUUAAUGAAAUGAUAAUGCAAUGUUGUUGUUGUUGUUGUGUGUGUGUGUGUGUGUAUACAUUGUGUGUAUGCAAAAUUCAAGAUAUUUUCUGUUUGUGUUUGACUUUGUGUGUGUUGUGAUGUUGACUUUGUUUGUUCCCUGCACAAUAACAAUAAUGUCAAUGAUGAUGAUUAUUAAUGUUUUUUCCCCCUAAAACAUUUACCACCUGUGAGACUGACCUAUUUAUGCUUUAUGUAAAUGUCAUCACAAUA